UGAUAACUCCCUCUCGGACAGGGGGGAGACUCCAGCAAGCUUUGGCUGAAGCUCGUGUUCGUGGCCCUCCAGUUUUCGUUGUGUAGCUAAAGUCUGUCGUGUUCUUGCUGUAAUCUUAUGGUGGUGUUGAAAAACGCUGCGAUUUAAAGUACAGUCAUUUCUCCAAGAUGGCACAUUGUGUGACGAAAGUGCAGUUGACCAUUUCCUGUGAGAAUUUGAUGGACAAAGAUGUUGGUUCAAUGUCAGACCCGCUGUGUGUUUUACUUCAAAAUGCUGGAGCAGGCGACCAGUGGAUGGAGCUGGACCGAACUGAGAGGGUUAAAAACUGCCAGAGUCCCCAGUUUGCCAAGAAGCUGGAAGUGGAUUAUUUCUUUGAGCGCGUGCAGAAGCUGAAGUUUGGCAUUUACGAUAUCGACAAUAAAUCCACAAAUCUGAGCGAUGAUGACUAUCUGGGAGGCGUUGAGUGUACACUGGGCCAGAUUGUCUCUAGUAAGACAUUCACUCGCCCUCUGCAAUUGAAGAAAGGGAAGCUGGCUGGAAAAGGAAACAUAACUGUAAUAGCUGAGGAGAUCCGGGAUAAACGCACUGCAGUUCUACAACUGGAAGCAAGAAACCUGGAGAACAAGGAUUUCAUGGGGAAAUCAGAUCCAUUUCUGGAGCUCUACAGGCAAGGAGAUGGUGACAAAUGGCAACUAGCUUACCGAUCAGAGGUUAUUAAGAACAACCUGAAUCCGAAUUGGAAGCCAUUCUCAGUCUCUUUGCAGUCGCUGUGUAAUGGAGAUUUGCAGAAGCCCAUUAAGGUGACCUGCUCUGACUAUGAUGGUGAUGGCUCUCAUGAUCUGAUAGGCCUUUUUGAAACUAACUUGUCUAAUCUACAGCAAGUGGAAACAGGGAAUCCGAUUGAGUUUGAAUGCAUUAACCCAGAGAAGAAAAAGAAGAAGAAGAGCUAUAAGAAUUCUGGCGUUAUUCGAGUUCAAUCUUGCAAGCUAGAAACUGAAUACUCAUUCCUGGAUUACGUUAUGGGAGGAUGUCAGAUUAAUUUCACAGUCGGUGUUGAUUUCACAGGAUCGAAUGGAGAUCCCCGCUCUCCAGACUCGCUGCAUUACAUCAGCCCAAAUGGAGUCAACGAGUACGUGACUGCCAUCUGGUCUGUCGGACAGGUUGUGCAGGAUUACGAUACAGACAAGCUGUUUCCUGCUUUUGGGUUUGGUGCUCAAGUUCCUCCUGACUGGCAGGUUUCUCAUGAGUUUUCCUUGAAUUUUAAUCCCAACAACCCAUAUUGCCAAGGAGUACAGGGUAUUAUUGAUGCAUAUCGAAAUGCUAUCGUCAACGUGAGGCUCUAUGGACCAACUAACUUCUGCCCCAUUAUAACCCACGUUUCCCGAUUUGCUGCAGCUUCUACCCGGGAAGGCACUGCUGGGCAAUAUUACGUCCUGCUGAUUAUCACUGACGGGGAGAUUACUGACUUGGACCAGACGCGGAAUGCAAUUGUUGAAGCCUCAAAGUUGCCUAUGUCCAUCAUUAUAGUUGGUGUUGGCAGCGCGGAUUUCAAAGCCAUGGAGUUCCUUGAUGGUGACAAUGGUGUCCUGAAGUCACUGGCUGGGGAGCAUGUUGCUCGAGACAUUGUGCAGUUUGUGCCCUUCAGACAGUUUCAGAAUGCUCCCAAGGAAGCCCUGGCCCAGAUGGUACUGGCAGAAGUGCCCAAGCAGCUGGUAUCCUACUUUAAGAUGAGAAACCUGGCCCCACUGAAUCCCCCGAAGGCAGCCCAGUAACAGUUCACCAGGCACAUGGGCUGCACUAUGUCUGUCUAUAUAAUAUUACCACUACCCUCAUCAGUCUGUGUGCAUAUAAACUGGUUAUAAUCAGGGACCAGAAUCUCUUCUGGUGACUGUCACACACAAGUGUACCCAGUGUUGCCAACUUUUUCAAGUCCUGCAGGUUUUUUUUUUUAUUAAACUCUUAACCUUGACACAGAUUUUAAAAUGCAGUUUUCCAUAAACCUCCCUUGUGAACUACAAGGCUUAAAAUACAUGCAAGUGCCUGUUCUCAGUCUGUAAACUGUUCUCGUGAGUGUUGGCGAUGCUCUCACCCAUGUGACUUCACUGAUAGCCUACCUGAGCUGACUUACAAUCAUCAUCAUUUACUGACCAGUGCCAUGGGGGCUGGUGAAGUGAAACCUACCCAAGAUCUCAAUCAAGCUAUUCCAAGGCUUGUUUUCCAAUGUGACCUAUCAGGCUAUAUUCCUUGGUUCAGGAAUUUGGUUUGGAGCAUGAUCUAAGCACAUCUCUUUCCCCAAUCCCUGUUCUGUGCUAGUGUACUGUCUGCCUUUUAACUCCAGUUGGGCUUCAAUACCUGGCUUCCCUUGGGCUUGAAAGGCCACUGAGUCCCCCGGUUUGUAUGGUCCUGCCUGGAUUCACACCGUGUUCAGCACCCAAACUAAGUUGUGUAGUUUGUAAGUCACUUCUUCCUGGAUUGCUUGCUCUGUUGCACAUCAUUGCGAAUCUGCGAGAGCUCUGUGAAAACAAAUAUUGACUCUCACAGUUCAAUGCAUUCUCUGCUGCCUUGCACAGCUGACUUUCCAAAGCUUUAUUUGCUGCUACGUACACUUUAUAGACAUAUUGCUGUUGCAUAUAUAAUAAUCGAGUAUCUGGGUACUAUUGAUGGCAUUCAGCUUUAGAAUGCUUUCUCACAUGUUCUUGAAAAAGCACUGAAUGUGUUUAGACGCUGUGAUCUGUAACCAUGUUUCCUGGAGUUGGUAUUUUCUGGCUAUUAGUUUCUGACCUGUCAUUGAUUGUUUUCUGCUGCAGCCUGUUUCUUUGUUCUAUUUGCCAGUGGACACUGGUUAAUGUUUGUAUGUUGACAGGUUAAGGAUUAUGAAAUUGCGUCAAAUAUAUUGGAUAGGAGACAUUUUUUUUUAAAAAACCCUUUUGUCAAUGUUUUAGUUUUUAUACUUUAUGCAACAUUACAUGCAAAGAGGUCAUAUUCUACUAAGGAAAUUGAGGUGGGGUGGGUUUGGGAAACAGAUGGAAAGUGAUCUCAAUUUGCCAAAAUUAAAUUGUUUGCCUUUGUGAAUAAUUGGAACGUUACUGUUUGAUUGUCCUCCGGAGGCCUCCAGCUGCCUGGGCCUCCUCCAAUAGCUCCCCCAUCUGUUUGUAGGAUCAGCCCCUGACCCCUUGCAUUUGUUUAGUCUAUAACAGAACUGGUUUGGUUUGCAAUCAGCUGUAAUUCCUCCAAAUUCAGUAUCAUUUUGGUGAAUUACAUUAGCCAAGUACUGUAUUUACUAAACUCCACAGGGACAUUUAACAAUAACUGGUCUUUCAUAAACUGGAAUGUUUUCUGAUCACAGCCAAUAGAAUAAAUCCUUGUCACCUUCAGAAUGAUUAGAUCAGUCUUCCCAAUCUUCAUCUAACCUAAAGCAGCUUUUACACACUGAACUGCAACCAGUCUGAAAUGAGCAGACAGAAGAAUACCACACCAACAAUCCUAAAUGCACAGAAACUCUUUUAUUGUUCAACACUCACUAAAGAGCUGCUGACCACCCUUGUUUACAUUCCAUAGUGAAUUGCCCACUGUAUCGCAGGCUGGACCCAGUCAUUUCACAAGGUGAUGGUACGGCCUGCAGCCCCCCCACACUCUGCACCUUCACACUGAAGCAAUACCCAGCAACCAAUGCACACUGUGUUUAUUGUAAUGAUUUCUUUGCUGCCCUUAACACUGUGCUCUACUUGGCAAUUAAAUUAUUUAAAGUGGGCACGAGACACACCUAGAUCAGAGAUGUGAGGGAGGCCAAGCCAGACUCUCUUCUUUGUGUCGUUAAAGUUCGGGGUGGUUCCCUGCAAUGAUUGAAAACUCUAUUAAGUCUCUGUUCUUAAAUCUCAAGCCAGUGAUGUUGCUGGUUGUUUGGAAUGUUGGUAUAGUUAAUGUUUGAACAUCCUGUUCUGAUGAGUUGGGAUGCAGCUCUUGAUGUUUCACAGUUUCCAAACUCCUGCCACUGUUCUUCCUGUUAAGAGCUAAUGCAAUAUCUAUUGCCUAGUGUUCAUUCAUCCAGAAAUCUAGUCCCCAUUGAAUCCCAAAUGGUUACCUAUUUUUUUUUUUAGUUCAUUCAUGGGAUUGUUGCUGGCUAGGCCAGUAUUUAUUAUCCAUCCCUAAUUGCCCAGAGGGCAGUUCAGAGUCAACUACAUUUCUGUGGGCCUGGAGUCGCAUGUAGGCCAGACCAGGUAAGGACAACUGUUUCCUUCCCUAAAAAACAUUAGUGAACCAAAUGGGCUUUGAUGACGUCAGCAGUGGUUUCAUGGUCAUCAUUAGACUCUUAAUUCCACAUUUUUUUAACUGAAUUCAAAUUCCACCAUCUGCCAUGGUCCCCCGAAAAUUACCUGAGUGUCUGAAGUAAUAGCCUAGCGGUCAUGCCACUCAGCCAUUGUGUAGAUACACUCCAGGUGCUGAUCUACUUUGUUCUGAUCAAACCUAUUUGAAUGAUGGUCAGAAAGUUACGUGGAGAUCUCAUUAACACUGAGACAGGAGCCGCCUGGUCUAUUCCUCCAUUGCUGCACUUGCUAAAGUAGACAGCCUGCCUAAGGAGGCUAACAGGCCUUGGGCCUGUGCUCAGCACUCAGUGCAAUUUGUGCUAAGCGUGCAUUUGUUCAAUUUUAGUCUCAUGCCGUCGAUUUCUUGUGAACCUGCCAAAGCGUGCUUGCUUUAAGUUUAGCACUGUCACUUAACAGACCUGUAAGUUCAUUCACAAAACCCUAGCAGCUCCAAGUAUUAAGUGUGAUCUUUUGGAUAUUGAGUCUCAAUUUAUUGGAGGAACGGGGUGAGUGGAAUUGUCUCACGAAUGGUUACUGAAGUGUUGGUCUUUCCUGUAUUUGGUGUUUUCCCUUGUCUUCCCCACUGCCUCUGCCACAGCCCACCCCACCACCCAAAAAAAACCUUCCCUUUCCUUUCUCUAAAUGGACUGAGCCAGGGGUUCCCAUUCUGACCAAAGCUGACAAUCUUUAGUAGAAUGUGACCAAUUAGUUUAAAUGUAACUGUUUUUACUAUGAUUGUGGGUUCUGAAUAAAAAAAAUCAUGUA